AUGUGUAGCCGUGUUAUCCAAGCGGAACGAGCUAAAUUAUUGCGAAAGGAGGAAGCACUAGCUGGUGGGAGAGAUGGACCGAGAGAAGAAGAGCCGGUGAGACAAGAGACUGGGUCAGCGAGGGUGGUGGUGGAGAGUGGAGUCGAUGGUGAGAUACAUGACGACGCGAGAGAACUACUGUCACUGGGACCGAAAUUCAUUCCUGCCAGGAAGGUGGAUGAACGCAUGAUUAUGGAGGUGGAGGCUGGAGUGGAGCGAAUGGCAUUUGGGAGACGAUGGAGGGAAGUCGCAAAGAAGUACAGAGAGAAUGACACAUGUGACGAAAGAGAAAAGGAAAGGGAGGAUGAAAACAUGAAACCGUUGCGAAAAGAUCCGAAGCUGAGGAAAAUAGCUACGACGGAGAAACAGCCACCACUUAUGGAAAGGGAAGAGGAAGGAAAAAUGAGAAGGCUCCGGGAGAACCUCACUAUGCUGUACAGGAGGGAGAUGGCAAUGACGGCGCCCCAGAAGACUCCACUUCGACAUCUGACGGGAAAAGAACGAACGAUGAUCAGAGACCUACGUGAGAACAAAAGCAUCAUAAUCAAGCCGUCCGACAAGAGCAAGGGGUUUGUUGUCAUGGCUAAAACACACUACAUGUCCAAAAUUGAACAAAUGCUCAGCUGUGAGGUCAACUACGAGAGGUCCGACAUUACCGUGAACGAACUGGACAAGACAUCUGCUGGGAUAGCAGAGGACAUUACUACCGGAAAAAUCCCACCACCACUCACUCGUGCACUGAAGCCACACAACUCGCGAAUGUCCACCUUCUAUGGACUCCCCAAAGACCACAAGCCUGGCCUCCCACUCCGCCCCGUGGUAUCGACAUGCGGUAGCCCGACCAGCAGUAUUUCACUUCUGCUUGAGCGCAUUCAUACGCAGUUGCUUCCAUUCGUACCUGCACAUUUAUCGAGUACUGAAGAUUGUAUGACGGCGUUGCGCAACCUCGAAAACCUCCCAGAGGAAUGUAUUGUGGCGUCUCUGGACGUUGUGUCAUUGUACUCGAAUAUUCCUAUUCAAGAAAGCAUCGAUGCGGCCAUAGAGUUGUUGGAAGAGCAUGAGGAAUCAGUUGAUAUGUUCGCACUGUCAUUAUCAGACAUACGCGAAAUGCUCAUGUUUGUCCUCGAGUCAAAUUUCUUUGAGUUUGACGGCGCCAUCUAUCGACAGCAGCAGGGUCUAGCUAUGGGCAACCACCUCGCGCCCCCAUUGGCUAUUAUCUUUAUGUCAAAGUUCGAGUCACGUGCCCUGUCUGAGUAUCCCCUGAAACCGCUCUUGUAUCGUCGGUAUAUUGAUGAUUGCAUACUCGUUUGGAUCUUUGGUAUUGCGGCAUUUCUGGCAUUUGUUGAUUAUCUCAAUUCCCGCCACCCACGCAUACAAUUCACCGCAGAAUAUACACACACGACCAACUCUCACACCAUCAGUUUCUUGGACCUGUCAAUCUCGGUGUCAGGUGGCAAGUUGGACUGGGAGUUAUUUGUCAAGUCGUCCCAUAGUGGUGUACAUUUGUCGUAUUUGUCUGCUUUGCCAAUGGAAACAAAAAUCGCUGUCGCCAACAACCAGAUCCGCAGGGCAGUCAACAACGCAACAACGGAGGCAGGACGACAACGGGGGAUUAAAAAGAUCACCGCACUCCUCCUUGAUAACCACUACCCACGGAGCAUUAUACAAUCAGCCAUACAACACUCCGACACCGCACGGACAACCGCACGCAUCCGAGAGCAGCCCCACCAGCAGACACCACACCGGAAGGGGAAACGACAGUACACGUCACUUGUCAAGGUACCGUACGUAAAUGACCAGCUUGCAAGGAGGGUUCGUCAAGUGGUCAGGUCGUUUGAUAGAGAUGUGCGUGUGGUCUUUACGUCCGGUCGCUCACUAAAGGAUAUGUUGGUCUCGUCGUCAUUCAGCAAGCCACAAUGCCCCAGGACGGUACAGCAGCAGAGGGAGAAGAGGCGGCGGGGUCGGCCGGCUGAAUGUCGUGCAUGCGAUGGUGGUCUGAAGCGUGAUGCUUGUAUGUCCCAAGAUGUGGUGUACUCCAUGACAUGUACCAUCUGUCAAGAAGAAUACGUCGGGGAAACAGAAAGGACAACACGCAAGAGGACCGAGGAGCACUACAGACAAGCCAAGAAUGCGACAUUGGGAAAGCCAUGGGGAGACCAUUAUCGACAAAAGCAGCACACCUUCCCAUCGUCACCGCAGUUUUCACCAUUCGCCCAUCUGCAAGUUCUCGCCCGCAGGCAACGGUCAUACGUUGACCGCAGAAUCAUGGAGGCACUAUUCAUGAGGAAGAGGAAGCCGGCAGUGAACAGUGACAAUGGUUGGCGACUGUUGGGUGAUGUGUAA